GUCAACAACAUAGUCAUAGAAGGCUUCGUGUCAUCCAUCGCGGUGUCCCUCCAGCACCUCUGCGAGAUCCUUGAUCCGCUGAUCAUAGCAAAGCAUGAAAUGCUUCCGCUCUUUGAAGUCAAGGUGGAGUUGCAAGACUCGGAGAUCAUCUUUGAUCCACCCUUCCAGUCGCACAAACCGGGCGAUAUUUCACUUAGAGCGACCAUUGAUGGCUGGCUGAAGGAUUUUUUCGCCACCGUUACCUGCAUGCAGCGUCUGGACACCGGCAGUGGUGAUUAUCUCAACGAGAUUCGCGAGCAUUUCCAGAUGCAGUGCCUGCUGGCCUUGGUGUCGGAACUCAUCGACAACACAGAGCUGAAGUGCAUGGAUUACCGUGAGACCUUCAUGCAGCACUCGUAUUUAUGGACCGAGUCGAUUGACAAGUCUUUCGAGAAGUUCUUGCAGGAGGGUGCCCGCGACCUUGUGGAAGGCUUCGAGGAGGAGGGGCAGAAGGGACUGUCUUUCCGCGACAUCAUGGAGCGUAUCAAGGUUGACAUCGGACGGCAGAUCCCGCCGCUCGAGCAGUUCGACAAGCAGAUCAUCAACUUCAAGAACCUGAAGCAGGAUCUGUCCAACAUGAAGACGCCGGUGGACAUCCACUGGUUGCGUGUAGGAGCGCAGCCGGUGAAGCUGAAGCUGGUCUCUUUCGCGCGACAGUGGGAGGAGAAGUAUGUGGACUUCAUCAAGACAUUUACAGAGGAGCGGAUUCGUACCUUGGUCAAGUUCAUCAACGAGCAGCAGGAAGGUUUGGGCCCGCCAUCUCCCGUGGAUGAACCCGAGAAUGAGAAGCUUCUGUACUCGACCAUGACCAACAUUCGCGACGUGAAGCUGGCCACAAAUGCAGUGAAGAAGCUAUUCCCGCCCAUCAGGGACCUGUGUCAGCUCCUGAAGAAGCAUCACGUGAAUCACGAUGGUCUCAGUGAGCUUGACCAGGCACCCAACAAAUGGGAUGAAGUGAUCCGCAUGGCCUUCGAUGUCAAAGAGCAAAUUCUACCUUUGCAGAGUGAAGAAGUCCUCAAGAUCCGCAACAAGAUCGAUGUUUUUGCGGAAGAGCUUCAGGGUUUCUGCCACGAAUUCCGCGAAAAGUGCCCUUUCGACCCCUCGAACGCUGUGAACGGCGAAUACGACCUGAGCUACGAGACCAUGAACGAGUACUACAACAAGACUCUGGCAAUUCGGCAGCGUGCCAACGAAUUCAACGACCUGGAGCUGCUGUUCGAUAUGCAGAUGUCCAGCUACCGAGAGCUCAAGGACUGCCAGGAGGAGUUGAUCUUGCUGAAGAACCUCUGGGACGGCGUGACACUGGUGAAAGAGACAUUCGAGAGCUGGAACAGCAUCCUGUGGGACAAGAUCGACACAGACUCGCUGGUCCAACAAGCCCGAGAUCUCCAAACCCAGGUCAAGAACAUGCCGAAGCAGAUCAAGGGCUGGCAGCUCUACCGAUGGCUCACUGAUGAGGUGAAGAACAUGGCAACGGUGCUGCCGCUGGUCAAUGAUCUGCAUGGCGAAACGAUGCGAGAUCGCCAUUGGACGAGCAUCAUGACCAUUACGCAGAAGACGUUCGAGAAGGGUCCUGAGUUCUGCUUCAAGGACCUUUUGGACUUGAAGCUGCACGAGUUUGCGGAGGACGUUUCGGAGGUGGUUGACCAGAGCGUCAAAGAGGCCAAAAUCGAGAAAAAGCUUUCAGCCAUACGGGCGACUUGGUCGAAGAUGCCGGUGUCUUUCGACUGCUCCAACCCAGACUGCCCGCUCCUCGGCGAGCUUGGCGAGGUGAUCGAGAAGUUGGACAGCGACUCGCUUGAGAUGAUGGGCAUGACCUCGCAAGGCAAGCCCAUGGUGGACGAGUGGAGCGGCAAGCUGCGCGCCAUCGACGGAGCUCUCAGCGUCUGGACCAAGGUGCAGGCCAACUGGUGCCGCUUGGAGCCCAUCUUCAUGCAGAGUGCAGACAUUCGGUCGCAGCUGCCGGAUGAUUCCAAGCGCUUCGAACAGAUGGAUACGGCCUGGAAGGAGCUGAUGAUGGAUGCCUCAAACAGCUCACUCAUUGUGGAGAUCUGCUGUGCAGAGGGGCGUGAAGCCAACCUGAAGGCAAUUUCCGAGGGAAUCGACACCUGUGAGAAGGCUCUGAAUGAGUAUCUGGAGCAGAAGAAGAAGGCCUUCCCCCGUUUCUAUUUCGUGGCAAACCAGGCAUUGCUGGACAUCCUGUCCAAUGGAGCAAAGCCGCUGAAGGUUGCAGAGUACUUGGGAGACAUCUUCGAUGGCGUGAAGACUCUGGAUUUCUCAAAAGCUCCAGACACUGGCCGAAUCGCUUGCGGCCACAUCUCCAAGGACACGGAGAAAGUGGCUUGGGCGGAGGACAUGCACAUCGAUGGUGCUGUGGAGGGCUACCUCUUGCAGCUCGAGGGCCACCUCCGCCUGCAGCUGCGCAUCGAGCUAGAGCAGGCAAGGGCAACUGCAGACAACUGGGAGCUGGACAACCCCCGAGAGUUCUGGUUAGAAGCCUACUGUGCACAGCUCUCAUUGGUGGCGACCCAGAUCAUGUGGACAGAAGAGACCAAUCGGGUUUUCGAGGAGAUUGAGAGUGGAAGCGAGACAGCAAUGAAGGAUUACAAGCGUGUGAACGACGAGCGCAUCGAAAAGCUCAUCAAGCGUGUGCAAACGAAGCUGAGCAAGGAUGUACGUAACAAGAUCAUCACGCUGAUCACCAUUGAUGUCCAUGGCCGCGAUAUCAUUGAGCAGAUGGCCAUUGCAAAGAUCUCGGACAACACUAACUUCAAGUGGCUCUCACAAUUGCGAUUCCACUGGAACUACUGCCCGCAGGGUCAGAACCUGGUUACCUACACCCCAGAUGACCUGAAGACGUGCGUCAUCCGCAUCUGCGAUUGGACCACCAUCUACUGCUACGAGUACGUGGGCAACUGUGGACGCUUGGUGAUCACACCCCUGACAGAUCGAUGCUACAUCACAUUGACGCAGGCAUUGGGGUUGACUCUCGGAGGAGCACCAGCUGGUCCUGCAGGCACGGGGAAGACAGAGACUACAAAGGAUCUGUCCAGAGCACUUGGAUUGCAGAUCGUGGUUUUCAACUGCAGUGACCAGAUGACUUACCAGACCAUGGCCCAGAUUUUCAUGGGCAUUGCUCAGACUGGUUGCUGGGGCUGCUUCGACGAGUUCAACCGAAUCUCAAUCGAGGUUUUGUCCGUCGUGUCGACACAGUACAAGUGCAUUUUGGACGCCAUUCGUGCGAAUUUGCAGGUUUUCCUUUUCGCAGAGGAGGAAACCAAGCUGAUCUCAACUUGCGGUGCUUUCAUCACGAUGAACCCCGGCUAUGCUGGGCGAACCGAGUUGCCAGAGAACCUCAAGGCACUUUUCCGCUCUGUGGCGAUGAUUGUGCCGGACCUGCGUUUCAUUUGCGAGAAUAUGCUCAUGUCCGAGGGUUUUAUCAAGGCUCGGCCACUGGCGAACAAGUUUGUCCAGCUUUAUUCACUGUGCAAGGAGUUGCUCAGCAAGCAGAUGCAUUACGAUUGGGGCCUUCGAGCAGUGAAGUCGCUCUUGCGACAGGCCGGCACUCUGAAGCGACUGGAGCCCGAAAGUGACGAGAAUCCAGUGCUGUGUCGUGCGCUCCGCGAUUUCAACACACCGAAGAUCACAACUCUUGACAUGCCCAUCUUCCUGCGCUUGAUCAUGGAUUUGUUUCCCGGAGUGUGGCCGGACCCAUUCAGUGAUCCCGAGUUUGAGAAAUUCUGCUGCAACAUCGCCAAGCAGCGGGGCCUGCAGGCGGAUCCCCAGUUCAUCAUCAAGAUCGUGGGUAUGUUGGGUAUCCUUGGCGUGCGCCAUUGCAUGUUCAUCAUUGGUCCAUCCGGAUGCGGCAAGACAGAGGUGUGGAAGACGUUGAUGGAGGCCUUGCGCUCGCGGGGUGAGGAUGGGCAGUGGGAGCAAGCGAACCCCAAAGCAGUAACCAGUGAUGAGCUGUACGGCACAAUGUCCAAGACGAAGGAGUGGAAAGAUGGUCUGAUUGCAGUGAUUUUCCGAAACAUGAGCAAAGAGAUGAACGGCUACAAGGCAUCGCACCAGCACAAGUGGGUGAUCUUGGAUGGUGACAUUGAUGCCACGUGGAUCGAGUCCAUGAACACGGUCAUGGAUGACAACAAAGUCUUGACGCUGGUGUCAAACGAACGAAUUCCGUUCACACCGACCAUGCGCAUGAUUUUGGAGAUUCAAGACAUGAAGCAUGCGAGUCCGGCGACGGUUUCUCGUGGUGGCGUGCUGUUCAUCAACGAGACAGACAUUGGUUGGAAGCCGUAUGUUGAGAGCUGGAGAGAGAAGAUGGACCAGAUACCACAGGGAGCUUUCUACCUGCACUUCUCCAACUACUUCGAAGCCAACAUCGAGGCCAUUCGCAAGUCCUUCAACUUUUCUUGUCCCAUGCUGGACAUGGGCUUCAUCAACAGUCUGACUUGCUUCAUAGAUGCGCUUCUGAACAACAACACGAAAGAAAACAUGGAGGCGCUGCGCACGAUGAGUCCAGAAGAUCAGAAAAUGAGCUAUGAUGCCUUGUUCUGCUAUGCCAUGAUGUGGACCAUCGGUGGCUCCAUUGCAGAUGACAAAACUGUGAACUACCGCAAGAGCUUCAACGCCUACAUGAAGGGGCUGUCGAAGGCGGUGAGAUUCCCUGACCAGGGCGACUGCUAUGAUUUCAUUUACGAGCCGAAAGCCAAAGACUGGGUCAGCUGGGAGACUUACAUCAAGCCUUACCAGCCGCUUGCGGAGCAAAUGUACCAGAACAUCGUCAUCAGUAACAUGGAGUUGGAGCGCAUGAAGUACAUUCUGGAGCUUCAUGUGGCCAGGAAAAAGCCUGUGCUUUUUGUAGGUGUCGCAGGCACGGGCAAGACAACAAUUGUGAAGGAUUACCUGGCUGACAUGAAGGCCAACAAUGAGGACAUGAUCAGCAUGUCAAUCAACAACAACAACUACACAAGCAGCUUUGCCCUGCAGAACAUCAUCAUGAGUGCAUUGGACAAGCGAUCUGGCCGAACGUUUGGGCCACCAGCAAACAAGAAGUGCGUCUUCUUCAUCGACGAUUUGAACAUGCCCUACGUCGACACGUACGACACGCAGUCCGCGAUCAUGCUUCUGACCCAGAUGCUGGCCUACAGCCAAGUGUAUGAUCGGGCAGCUCUGGAGGACAAACGGGACCUUGUCGACAUCCUUUUCACUGCAUGCAUGAAUCCCAAGGCAGGUUCCUUCAUGGUGAACCCGCGCUUGCAGAGGCGAUUCACAGUGCUUACCACGUUCACUCCGAAUGCGCCUACCAUUUCCGGAAUCUACAGCUCCAUUCUGGAGAAGCAUCUGGGUGCUUUCGUUGGGCCAAUUCAAAAGCUGUGCGAGCCGAUUGUGCAGGCAACAAUCGAAGUUCUGGUUGCGGGCAUUCUGAACACGCCGUGCUUCUUGCCAUCUGCGGCGAAGUUCCACUACCAGUUCAACCUGAAGGAUGUCGGCAACAUCUUCCAAGGCCUGCUGAACACGAAUGCGAAUGUCUACAAGGAUGGCGCAUCCAAGUUCGCUCGGGUGUGGCUCCAUGAAUGCUACCGUGUUUUCUCAGAUCGCCUUGUCAACGCUUCGGACCAGGGUGAAUUGCAGGGAAUCCUUGAGAAGGCUGCCGGAAAGCACUUCGGAAGCAUCCCGAAGGAUGAUCUGUUUGCCCAGCCACUGAUCAUGACAUCUUUUGUUUCGGCAGCGACGGGCAGCGAGCGCUAUUAUCUACUGGCAAAGGAUAUGCCCAGUCUCAAGAAGGUUGUGGAGGACAAGUUGACUGAAUACAACGAGACCUUUGCAGCCAUGAAUUUGGUCCUUUUCGAUGAUGCCAUCAACCAUGUCUGCCGAAUCUGCCGCAUCACAGACAACCCUUGCGGACAUGCUCUGCUGGUCGGAGUUGGCGGAUCCGGGAAGCAGUCCUUGGCCAAACUGUCGACCUUCAUCAAUGGCCAGGACUUGUUGAGCAUCCUGGUCAAUCAGUCGUACGGCACUGAGGCAUUGAAGCUGGACUUGCAGGAGUUCUACAAAAAGGCUGUCAUCAAGCCUGGCACUCCGCAUGCUUUCCUGAUGACAGACGGGCAAAUAGCCGAUGAGCGCUUCUUGGUGUUUAUCAACGAUAUGCUCUCGAGCGGAGUCAUCCCGGAUUUGUUCACCCGCGAGGAAUAUGAUGGUUUGCUGGGCAGUGUUCGGAAUGCUGCAAAGGGUGCAGGCUAUUCGGACGACCGUGACGGACUCUUCGGCUUCUUUAUUGACAAGUUCCGGCGCAACCUGCACUACAUUCUUUGCCACUCGCCUGUUGGUGAUGACUUUCGCAUUCGCGGUCGAAAGUUCCCUGCACUCAUUAGUUGCAUGGUGGUCGACGAGUUCAUGGCUUGGCCACGUGAUGCUUUGGAUGGUGUGGCACGCCGCUUCCUUGUGGAGCUGGUCAACCAGGGCAAUCUCCAGGAUGAAGAGAUUUUGGGCCUGGUGGCUGCCAACAUGGCUGAGGUGCAUUUGUCCAUCGAAGGAGCUAACAAGAGAUACCUGGAGGCGGAGCGACGCCACAAUUACUGCACUCCCAAGUCCUUCCUGGAGCUGAUCAGCUUCUACAUCCGGAUGCUUUCCGAGAAGCAGUCUUCCGUGAGCGUGAAUUGCGAGCGCUUGGAGCGUGGUCUUGCAAUCAUGGAGCAGGUGCAGUCCAAGGUAGAAGGCCUGAAGGAGGACCUGAAGAUCACCAUGGUCCAAGUCGAGGAGAAGAAGGCCGCUACGGCUGUGCUUAUCGAGCAGGUGACCAAGGCCUCGGCAACAGCCGCGGAGGAGAAAGCCGGCGCAGACAUCGAGGCCGAGAAGACCGGUAAGCUGGCGGCCGACGCGGCGGAGCUGCAGGCACAGGCCGAUGGCGAGCUGUCAGAGGCCAUGCCAGCGAUGGAAGCCGCUGCUGCGGCGGUGGACUGCCUGGACAAAAACUCCAUCGGUGAAUUGAAGGGCUUCGGCAAGCCUCCGCCGGAAUGCGUCGAUGUGUGCGCUGCCGCCGCUUUCUUGCUGAGGAACGAGAAGAAAAAGAUUGAUUGGAAAGCAGCCCAGAAGAUGAUGGCCAAUCCUCAGUCUUUCAUUGAUGAGGUCAAGACCUUCAAUGCUAAUGAGAUCCCUGAGAAUACCCUCAAGGAGGUUGAUGCCAUCAUUGCGCUGCCCUUCUUCAACUACGAGACCAUGAAGGGCAAGAGUGUUGCGGCCGCCAACUUGGCCAACUGGGCCAUCAAUUGUGUCAAGUAUCACAAGAUCUACGUCAAAGUGGCACCGCUCAUGGCCAAAGUCAAGGAAGCCACGGACACCAAGAACACUGCUGAGGCUAGCCUCGCCAUUGUGCUGGCGAAGGUUGCAGAAAUCGAGGCGGAGUGUCAGAGGCUGGAAGAGAAGCUAAAUGGUGCGGUGUCAGAGAAGGAGCGCGUGGAAGCACAGGCGGCAGCUUGCCUGGAGAAGUUGGGCCUUGCAGAGCGUUUGGUCAACGGCCUGGCAGAUGAGUAUCAGCGAUGGACCGCCACUGUCAAGGACCUGAAAGACUUGCAGCUCAAGUUGAUCGGCAACUGUCUGCUGGCCUCGGCCUUUGUCGGCUACAUCUCACCUUUCUCAAUGUCCUUCCGCGUGCAGCUGUGGAAGGAAGGAUGGACUGGCGAUGUUACCAGCCGCGGGAUUCCAAUCAGUGCAGGUAUUGACCCUCUGAAGGUGCUGUGCACCGAGGCGGACAUCGCCAGCUGGCAAAAUGAGGGGCUGCCGUCUGACCGCAUCUCCGUGGAGAAUGCUGCAGUGGUCACAAGCUGCUCGCGAUGGCCGCUCAUGAUCGAUCCACAGCUGCAAGGUGUGAAGUGGGUCAAGCAGCGAUUGGGCGAGGACCUUUCCGUGUUGCAGUUCACCAUGAACCAAUGGUUACAGAAAGUGAUCUUUGCCAUUCAGAUGGGUGGCCAGCUUUUGAUCGAAGCAGUCGGCCAGGAGAUUGACGCUAUCCUGGAGCCUGUCCUAUCCAGGGCUGUGAUUAAGCGAGGCCGAAGUGCGAUGAUCAUCAAGAUUGGAGGUGAAGAGGUGGACUACGAUCCCAAGUUCCAGCUCUACCUGCAGUCGAAGCUGCCAAACCCACACUACAGGCCGGAGAUUGCCGCCCAGUGCACAAUCAUCAACUUCAUUGUCACACCGGAUGGUUUGGAGGACCAGAUCUUGGCUAUGGUCGUGAAUGUCGAGAAGCCUGAGCUGGAGCAGGAGAAGCAGGAGCUGGUGCGGAGACAGAACGAUUUCAAGGUCACCCUGUCUCAGCUUGAGAGCGAUUUGCUGUCCCAGCUUUCCACAGCAGACCCUGCGACAAUUCUUGACAACAUUCCUUUGAUCGAGGGAUUGGAGAAGACCAAAGCCACCUCCAAGGAGAUUGCCAUCCAAGUAGAGCAGGCUCAGAAAACAGAGGUGGAAAUCAACACGUCGCGCGAGCUCUACCGUCCUGUCGCUGCGGAGGGUUCUAUGUUGUUCUUCUUGAUUAUUCAGUUGUGCUUCAUCGAGCACAUGUACCAGUUUUCUUUGGAUUCCUUCGUGAACUUCCUGUACAAAGCUAUCGAUCGCACAGAGCCCACUGACGACAUCACUGAGCGUGUUAAGCGGCUGAUUGCUGUCAUCCGUAUGACAAUCUUCCGCUGGGUGAAUCGUGGACUCUUUGAGCGUCACAAGCUGAUAUUCUGUUCGAUGCUUACCUUCAAGCUGUUCCAGAAGGGGUUCUUGCAAGAAGAUUUCAACGUGUCCUAUUUCAACUACUUGCUCAAAGCACCGAUGGCUGUCGGCAUGGAAAACCCACUGCAGGAGUGGCUGCCAGCAAAGAACUGGGGUAUGAUUCUGAAGCUGAACGACUUGGAAGGCUUCGAGAGCUUUGCGCAGAACAUGGAGAAGGAUGCACCCAACCGCUUCAAAGAGUGGUUCAAUGAGAUUGCACCAGAAGAGGUGAAGUUGCCAUUGGAUUGGAAGCGACUGGACUCUGUACCCUUCCAGAAGCUUUUGGUUCUGAGAGCCUUGCGACCCGACCGGUGCUGCGCUGCCAUGGCAGAGUGGAUUCGCAAUGCAUUGCCCAAUGGUCGAGACUACAUGGACUGCGACGGCUCCCUCUCCUUUGCGGCAGUCUUGAGCAACUCCUUCGAGGAUUCCACCAGCACCACCCCCAUCUUCUUUAUCCUGUCUCCGGGCGCAGACCCUGUCAAAGAGGUGGAAUCGAUGGGCAAAAAGAGGCCAGAAGGCUUGAGCCUGGGUCAAAACUAUUGGAACGUUGCCAUGGGUCAGGGACAAGAUGUCGUUGCUAUGGGCAAGCUGGACAUCGGACACCGCGAAGGCCAUUGGGUCAUGUUGCAGAAUAUCCACCUGAUGCCCAAGUGGUGUGUGGAGCUUGAGAAGAAGCUGGAUGUCUUCGCAGUGGAGAACAGCCAUCCCAACUUCCGAUUGUUCCUUUCGGCAGAUCCCAGCAAGGGAAUCCCGAUUGGUAUAUUGGAGCGUUCCAUCAAGUUGACCAACGAGCCUCCACAAGGUAUGCUGGCCAAUUUGCGUCGAUCGUUUGCCCUCUUCCCGAAGGAGGACUUCGAGGACAAGGAUGCCAAGGUCAAGUCCAUCCUCUUUGCCUUGUGCCACUUCCACUCUAUCAUGUUGGAGCGAAAGAAGUUUGGCCCCAUGGGCUACAACAUGAUGUAUCCAUUCUCAGCCGGAGACUUGCGGGACUCUGCGCAAGUGCUGUACAACUACCUGGAAGGUUCUUCCGCGGUGAAGAUUCCAUGGGACGACCUGCGCUACAUUUUUGGUGAGAUCAUGUAUGGAGGACACAUCGUGGAUGAUUGGGAUCGACGCAUGUCGCAGAAGUACUUGCUGUAUUUCAUGCGGGACGAGCUGCUGGACGAGAUUGACAUGAUUCCAUAUGCAGAGGGCAAGCUGUCCUGGCCUUCUCCCCAGCCUGCACCGCACGAGAGAUACCUCGAGCACAUUGAGACAAUGCCACCUGAGUCUCCGCUCAUGUUCGGUAUGCAUCCAAACGCGGAGAUCAAUUUCCGAACCACCGAAUGCGACAAGGUCUUCGACAUGCUCCAGAUGCUCACGAAUGGAGGAGGUGCCGGAGAAGGUGAUGACGAAGCUGCCAUGACGCCAAUGACCAUCGCCCAGAUGACGUGCGACGAAAUCUUGGAAGAGGUGAACGAAAAGCGCUUCCCCACCGACGAUGUUAACCGUGGUAUGACCACGGAAGACAAAGGCCCUUACCAGUUUGUCUUCCUGCAGGAGUGUGAGUACAUGAAUGCUUUGCUGUACGAGAUGGUCAAGGGCCUGCAGGAGCUCCAGCUUGGUUUCCGCGGUGAGCUGACCAUGAGCGAAGGCAGCUUGUCUUCUCUAACCGGACCC